AUGCAGAAUUUGCUCUCUCAAAAUCAAGGCAAGAUUAUGCAUACAAAGACAUUCAUAUAAAAGCAUAAUGAUGGAAAGACAACUGCGUAAAUCAGAUGCUACUUCUCUUACAAUAAGCAAAAUAUCAAGACUAAAGAGGAAUGGAUCCAAUUUGUAUAUGGAAUACUUGGAGAGUACCUUGAAAAUACUCCAUCUUUUGUUGAAAUGAUGCCAAUUUUCAUCACUUCCUAGCAAUCAAAUCUCAGUUACUCCUAAACACAACAAACUCAACUCUAAAACUUGAUUCAAAGUUCAACUUCUGCUCCCAAUUUGCAUUUAGCUACAAAUCUAAUACAUCAACCUUUAUUUCAUAACAUUCAAAAUGACACAUUCGCUGAGCAAAAGCACUAAAACGAGCUAGUGCUGGACAGUUCUAAUUCAGUAUUUACCCUUUCUCAAGACUAAUCAUAAAUUCAGUAAUUUCAAAUAUUUACAGGAAAUAAUAAGCAGCAAGGCAAUCAGAUUAUGGUCAAUAACUUCAACAUGGGAAAUUCAAACAAUAGUAAUCAUAAGAAUUUUAAGUUGAUUUCUAGCUUGAUAAAGUAGCAGCUAUAAUGUUAUACUAAUCAGGUUAUAAAUACUUCUCAAAGCAAAGAUACUAGCUACUCUAUUCUUUAAAUUACUAAUAAAGAUAUCUCAAAGGAUUUUUUAAAGUAAAGCUCAUUUUUAAGUCAGCUUCAAGAGCUGAACUCAUCCUAAGAAGAUGGUGAAGAAACUUUGAAUUAAAAGCAGCUUUAGUUGUCAUAUCUUGAUAAUAUUGGAGCUAGUCUGGUUUCAAUUGAGUAAGAUUAGUAACAUGAUGAGGAUAAUUUCAAUACUCUUCCUGAUUAUAAUAACAUAGAGAUAACAUAGAAGCUUCUUAAUGGGAGAAUCAUUACAAACUAAUCACAAUCUUAUAUUGAUUUUGAUCCUGAGAGUGCCCCAAAGUAAAGCUAGAUAGAACUUUUAAUUCAAGAAAAUAAUCAGCUAAAAAAUGAAAAUUAAAAACUUAGAAAAUAGAUUUAGCAACAGAAAUGUGGAUUUUAAUAAUCUGACAAACUUGAUAUUUCAUUAUUAAUUGGAGAAAAAAUAAAAAUAAGGUAAGAGUAGUAAGUAAGAAUUGAAGAGUAAAUGAUAAGCCUUCAUGAAAAAUUAGAAGAGCAGAAAGAGUAUCUUCAAUCUUCUAUCUUUGAUACAUCAUAGAUCAGUAUGCUAUCAGAGGACUUAAUAUAAAAUAAUGAUGAAGAGAAAUUAGAGGAACUAAAAAAAUUAUAGUCUUAAAUCAACGAAUAGUAAAUGACUAUUGAAUAAUUAUAAAAGUAAAUUGAAGAUGAAAAGUUGAGUAAAGAUAACAAUAUAGUUAACUAACUGCUAAUACUUUUGGAUAAAAAAGAUUCAAUAGAUUUGACAGAUAAAAGAACAAAUCUUAUCUUGACAGUAAAUAGAGUAAAUAAAUAAGUAGGUGUGCUUAAAUAUUAAGAUAAAAAAAGGAAUAAGCUUAGAUUGUUAUGUGAUAGAAAAAAUGACGAAAAUUCAAACAUAAUAAACCUCCCUCAUAUCAAGGAAAGAUCUUAAUCUGAUGUUGAAUAAUUAUUAAAGAAGUAAUCCAAUAUUCAACUCUUAUCUUAAAAAGCUAGCCCUGAUUUGAGGAGGACUAGAACUUUGGUAAGCUUAGACUUAAUUGACACAGUGAGUACUAAUAUUUUCGAUGAUUACGAUACUGGCUCUAAUUAAAUACAAGAUCAAAUCCAUCUAGUACCAAUUCAAGAGGAAGACCAACUUAUAGAGCGCAUUAAUUUUAGCACUAAUGCAUCAACAGAAGGAAUCAGAACAGCUAGAUGA